AUGGACUCCGAUCCUACAAGCUCCUCAAGCAACCAAAAUGAAAACCAAUCGAAUUUUCUUGAUUUCAAUGAGAAUACGCAGGCUCAGCUCUAUUACUCCUGCCUAAAUAUGAUCUGCAUGAGCAACUUGUUGUCGUCCCCUCAGAUUUCUGAAAUCCCUAAUAUCUCUGAAGAAGACUCAGAUGAAAAGGCUUAUACUUGCUGCUCUAUGAGUUUUCAAGGAAAACGGGGGCUAAAUCAACAUAUAGGGAGAUUGCACAAUAAUUUUGAAAAGACUUCAGAGUGCACCCAGUGUGGUCGAUCAUUUAGGCAUAAGAAUGCAUUGAGCUUCCAUAUUAAGCAGGUGCACGAAAAGUCAACAAGAGUAAGAUGUUCUAAAUGUGGAAUGAUGGUUUACAAUAAAUAUAUGAUGAAGAAUCAUAAUAAGAAAUAUCAUCCUCCUGAAACCAACAUCGGCUAA